UAUUUGCACGCAUCUUAAAGCUCCCAAAAGGCAAAGCCCCCUCCUCGGAAGAAAAGAAGCGGCGAGAAGAGAACCCUACGUUGGUUGCCGGCGGCGAUGGCGUCCACCUCGGAGGCUGAGGGGAGGGACAAACCCAUCGUCGUCCGUGUCAAGCGCAAGCCCUCCCAGACCCGCCCCGACGCUUUCUGGCUAGAGAUCAAUGAAAGGCCGGUGAAGAAGGCUAUGCUCGAUUUCUCUAGCCUUUCAGUCUCCGAGUCAUCCCCCGGUCCUAAUAAAGCUUCAGAAGAACCACGAGUUAAGAAACUUCUGGUACAGCACAUUGAGACCGUACAUCAUUCUGAGGCUGUUCAGGAUGUUUUGCACUCUCUUCUGCAUUUUGAUUUGGAUGCCAAAGAUAUAAAGAGCAAGACAAAGGAGUGGAACAACAGAACUAAGCAAGAUAAAAAACAAGACCAGCUAAGAUCAGCAGCCAGACAGAGGCAUGAGGAUCUUGGAAGAAAUGCUCGCUUUGCACAAAUAUGGAGAAGUCGGAAAGGAGACAGGCAUGAAGUUGAUGAAUCACUGCGAGAAAUAUGUCAUCUUUAUGAUGCCGUGCAAGUAGAUUCUGAUGAAGAUAAGCAUCCAUCAGAACCAAGGAUUACCUCUUUUGAAGAGGGUGCAAUUUUGUGCAAUUUUCUUCCACUUAUACGGGAAAGCUUGCCAUCGGCUGCUGAAGAAAUUGAAUCAGAUAUUAUUUCGCUGGCACCAUCGGAAGAUUCAGAUGUUUACGACAUAUAUACUGUCAAGGAGGUGGAUGAUACAACAAUGGGGGGCACAUCUUCAGCUCCAUACCCACUGUUACAAGUGGAUGACGAUUGUGACGUAUGUUAUGAUGAUGAUGAUCCUUAUGAUACAGAUGAUUCUAAUGCCGAAGAUAACCCAUUGUAUGAUUAUCCUGAAGAGUUGUCGGAGGGUGAGGAUGAUGGUUCCAAUAGCGAAAAUCCUUUUUCAGAUGUAGACGGUUCUGAUCCUGAGUACGAGAAGGAAGAGGUGGAAGAAGAAAAUGAUGAGGACGGGAGAUAAUUGUUGGGUGCACAUACAUGGGCUUAGUGUAUGAGCUGGCCGUGAUGUGCCUGUUUGGCCAAUGUGAUAGAUUGAGAUAACCUUUUUUUAUGUUGGUGUACUGACGAAUUGUAGUCCCAAUCCCCGUUGUCAGAUUUGCACUUGUUGAUUUGAUAUAAUCACUGAAGAAGCAAAAUUACAUGGUAGUAACCAUUAAAUCUUGAAAAGAAUUUUUUUGCCGAGAAUCUUGAAAAGAAAUUGAUGAGGAAUUCGAAAGUGCCAUCCUUGAAGGCAGUUUACA